GAUGCUAAACGUUGUUGAUGAUCUACUAUUUAAAGUUGCUUAUACUGGAAAUAAUUUAGUAAUAGCAAAAUCUGGCAUUGCUGCAAUAAAUGUUCAAUUGAAGAAAGAUAUUGACUCUAUAAAUCUUGUAAUUGAAAAAUCAAUGAAAACUAAAAAUGUAAAAUUAAUAUUCAAUUCUAAGAAUUUUACUUCUAAAGGAGAUUAUUUCUUUUUCAAAAAUCCGCUUAUUUCCAAUAAAUUUGAAAGAAAGCUGUCAAUUUUAGCAUUAUCUGAUAGCAACCUAUUCAAAACACAUGAAUCCUUUCCAAUUGUAAGUAGGAUUGUCAAAUUAAAAUUCUCGAGGGAGACAAAUCAAACUGAACUUGAACACGAUGAAAAAGAUAAUGAUAAUGAUGAAAAUAUAAAGAUUGAAGCUUACAUUGAAGUAGAUAAGAAUAAAUUAGAUAAAAUAUCACAAAAGAACAAAAUGCCUAAAAGAAUAAGGAUGAUAAAUUUCAAAUUCAAAUGUUCUGAAUAUAAUCAUAAAGAGAAAAGAUGGAAAAAAUUGGCAAGGGCAGUAUUAUCUGAUGGUAAAGUUAAGUGUACAUGCAAAUUAAACUCCUACUUUGCUGUUCAAACAAGUUUGAAGUUGAAAGGAAACACUGAGAUGGAGAAUGGCUCCUUAUUAAAAGUUAAUCAUUUGAAAUAUUUGAUACAGUAA